AUGCACAUCUUCGCACCGACAGUGUGGGCGUGCACGGCGGCGACAGUUGACCUGGAGGCGGUGCGACGAGCGUUGCAGGAUGACUCCUUCGCGCAAGCAAAGAUGGCAGAGGCGCACAGGGGCACGGCAGCGACCGACGAGUUCCAGCUGCGAGAUGGUUUGCUCAUCCGUAAAGGGGCCAUCUACGUGCCGGGAGACGAACUUCGCGCCAAGGUACUGCAGCAGCUGCACGACGCGCCCACUGCCGGGCACUUUGGCAAGGAGAAAACGGUGGAAUUAGUAGCCAGAGACUUCUGGUGGCCAGGAAUGAGAGGGGAAGUCGCGGACUACGUGGCGAGGUGUGACACCUGCCAGAGGGCCAAACCAGUGCACAGACCGCCGGCCGGACUGCUGGAACCGCUGCAAACUCCGUUCGAACCAUGGGAGAGAGUGGCCCUGGACUUUGUCACGGAUCUGCCCAGCUCGAGGGGCAAGACGGCUGUGCUGGUGGUGGUGGACUUGUUCUCCAAGAUGGCACAUUUCAUUCCGUGUGCGAAGGUGGCCACGGCGGAACAAACCGCCAAACUGUUCAUAGACCACGUGUUCAAGGUUCACGGUCUGCCGCGGUCUAUUCUGUCCGACCGAGGGCGACAGUUCAUCUCGAACUUCUGGCAGAGGCUGAUGGGCUUCCUGAACGUCAAGAUCAACCUGGCGUCGGCUAGACACCCGCAGACCAAUGGGCAAGCGGAGCGGGUCAAUGCCAUCAUGCAGCAGUACCUGAGAUGUUAUGCGAAUCAACAGCCUGCGACGUGGGUGGAUUACCUGCCUCUCGCCGAGUUUGCCUACAACAACACGAAGCACGUGUCCACGGGGGUCACGCCGUUCUUCGCCAACAACGGGAGGCACCCCAGAACCUUCCCGGGACUGGAAAGAAUGGGGAGGGGGAGCCGCAGACAGCAGAUGCAUUCGCGCCGGAGUUGCAGGAGGUCCACGAUCAGCUGCGGCGGCACCUGGAGCUGGCUAAACACGCAUACAAGGUACAAGCGGACAAACACAGAAGGGUUGGCGAAGAGAUCCAUGUGGGAGACUGGGUCUGGUUAGCAGCCCACGCAGUGCCGGCCAGGUCGUUGGCGAAGAAGAAACUAGGGCAUAAACAACUGGGGCCCUACCAAGUCGAAGAACAGGUCAACCCGGUGGCUUUCAGGCUGGCUCUUCCGGAGGGUUCCAGAAUGCAUCCGGUGUUCCACAGAUCGGUGCUCACUCCCUACAAGGCACCUCACAGGUUUCAGGAACCAGGAACGGCACCGGGUCCGCUCCGAGAGAGAACCGGGCAGGGGGGAGUGGCACGGGAGGAGCGCAUCAACGAAGUCACGGAGAUUUUGGACUCCAGAUGGGGGGAAGAGGGGGUAGAAUACCUUCUCGCCAAGGAGGGCACCCCGGCCAGUGCCAACAGCUGGGUGCCGGGCUACGCUUUAGACGAACCUCUGCUCAAAGAAGAGUUUCAUGCCCUCUUCCCACAUAGGCCAAUGCCAGCAGACUUUUUCGACGACUGGCUUUUCACGCCCACGCUUUCAGCCAGCACGCUCCGGGGUUCGACUCGGACGAGGAACCGACCCGAGACGCCGGGUCCCGGGUGGGGUCACCCUCAGGAUCUGCUUCAGAACCCUCGUAUUGGUGGGAUGAUCGACCAGAGGAGCAGUUCCGUAGAAGGUGGCUGGAGGGUCCAGGACGAGCAACGUCUCCAGAAGGCAACGAGGGAGAGACGGACAUGGACUUUUUCGGGACGACCCGGGCUUCGAGCACGGCGGCACAGAGAUGGAAGCGGAGGUGACCGUCGUCAACGAGAGCAGGGAGGAAGAACCGGAAGACUUCAGAUGGCGGCCCGCCACGGGAAGCGAACUGUAUCCGACAUUCGUCCCCCUGACACGGCAGCACCCAGAUCCCGCACCGGAAGGAGGGGAGGGGGAAGAGGGGGCUUCGAGGGGGGGAUGGAUGUCAGGGGUUCAGGAGCAGAGGCAAGGGCAAGGGAGGAAACAGAGAGCGAGGGGGAGGAGGCAGAAGAAAAGAUGAGUGAUGACGACGACCCGAGAUCUCCGAGUCUUUCCAGUGAAUCAGAAGAUUCACAGAAAGGAGCACCAGUGGCCAGGGCAAGGGGGGAGCCUAGGGGGACACCCCAGGAAGAUAGAGCCAGAGGGGACUCAGAGGGGAGCAGUUGGAAAUCGGGACCAACGUCACCGCCAGAGAGCAGGGAAGAGGAAGGGCACCAGGGAUCAAGCGCUGGCAACUCACAACAGGGGGGAGGGCACGAGUCAGGAGUGGCCACACCUCCAUCGGGGAGCGAAGAAACGGUCAGACGGAAGGUGGAAGGUUGGGCGCGCGCGCCAAGUUCAAAUGCACAGGAAGGUGGCGCAGUAGGCAGCCCGGAAAGGGAGCCAGGUCCCAAAGCCCGCCGAAAGGAGGGAGAAGAGUCAGGGGAGUCAGCGUCAGAGGAAUCCCGGAAGGAAGAGACCCCGGGGGGCAGAGGGACCCAGAGAAGAACAGUCAGGCGGAAAAGGUGGAGCAGGGCUAGGAUAUUAAGUUGGUGUACAAGGGGCGGAGACUCAGACGGAGCUUCGCCGGUCUAAGCAUGAGACGUAGAGUUGCACGCAGCAGCUUGAGAAUGGAAACUGUAACUCAAUAAAGACUUUUGUUUAAUGAUCGCUGGCUAGCGUGAUCCUCUGUGAGCUAGGAUCUGGAAGCAGCUCUGACAACUAUGUUUCAGUUCUCACACUGUUUUAGAAAUUGCAAAUGAGACAAAUCUGAGUUUAAAUGAGAACUGAACUGAAUUUCUUCCCCAUCCUUAAGUGUGGUUGGGACUGGUGGGUACAGUUGGGGGGAAAUGCCCUUAUGAGCCAAAUUAGGACCCCUAGUAUGCCUUUUGUGGCCUUCAGAACAGAGGUACCCCACCCCUGGGCUAUGAACUAACGGAACUAGUUGGCCUAUGAACAGAACAGAUGGAGCUCUUCAGCAAUGACCUCAAUGUGAUCUCAGCACCUGAACAAUAUGCAACCAUGAUUGUGGAGAUCAGUACUAGGAAGCUGCAGCUUAAGUUUGGAUGAUCCAUUGGCUAUGUUACUCCAUGCAAAUGUUUCCCUGGGAAUAGUUAUAUGUGUGGGGAAAACCUUUGAAUGUCUAAACCAGAAAGAAUUAAGGCACAAACAAGGGUGACAGGAAGAAAAACCUUACCUCAGUGUGGUUUUCCAGCUGGAGGAAGAGAUAGACCCAGGACACAUUUUUUUCAGGAUACAGGAGCUUCAAGGCAGGUUGCAAAGUAAAUACAAUGGAAGCACCUUCAGAUGCUGAUCUUCACAAAAGUUUUAUGGGCUGCAUUUGCUUACACCAGCAUUCAUUGGCCAUGCAUGUGAGGCUUUGGGGAUUUCCAGAUGACUUGUUUUUCAUACAAUAACUAUAUAGCUGUUGCUCGUAUGUUGCUAAGGUAUUCCAACAGCGAAGAGCCAGAAACCUAUAUACAAAUCAUGAAGACAAUAGCCACAUGUUAUUGUUUGUCCCUCAACACCUGGUGUUUUGAAGGCACACUGCUUCUGCACAUGGACAAUCCAUGUUCGCUUUCCAUUGACUAUGUGAAGUCUUCAUUAAAAAUCCAUUUAGGCUAGUGGUCCGUCAUCACAUAUUGUGGUAGAAAACUCCAUAAAGCAAUUGUAUGGUAUGUACAUUCCUUUUGCCACUGCCCAUUUUGGGUGAACUUGAGUUCUAGUGUUCUGAGAAGUAGGCAAAUAUUUCUAUGUGCUUUCUUCAUGCUAUUCAACAUCUUAUAAACCUCUGCCAUACCCUUUCCUUUACUUACAGUUCCCUUAAAACAUCAGGCAUUCAGCCUUACAUUGAGAGAAAUGACUCCAGUCCCCUGGCCACUUGAGUUUCUAUUUUCUGGUUACUGCAUUUAUAUGAAGGCAUUGUUAUAUUUUCCAUUUUGUUUUUAGUCCCAGCCCUAAAAAAUUCCUAAUAUGCAAUUUGAGUUUUCUAGGAUAAUGCCUUUUGUCAAAUUUGCUUAGUACAUAAAAAACAUCAUGGCACUGUGAAAAUGUAAUCCCCCCCCCCCAUGCCCCAAUAUACAGAUUAUUCGUUGUGAUAGUGAAUACCAUGUGGAAUAUGCUUGUGCCAGUGUGAUGGGCAUGUGGUGAAUUGUGUCUGUGACAUAGCGAUUACACAACUUGUAACCAUUCCUGGACAAUUUUGUAAUGUUUGAGACAUUUAUUUUAAUUAUUGCAAGGUUGUUUUUUCUUUAGAGGAAGCACAGCCUCACUAUUUUUCUCAAACAGUGAAAUGUACAUGCAGUCCUUUUUAAAACGGAAAAAGAAGAAUGACAUUAAGGCGGUCUAUCCUGUGAUGCAAUGAAUAGCCAUCCUGCAACAUUUAUUGCUUAGAAGGCUGGGAAUAUAAAUGCAACCAUCACUUCCCACACUAUUUCUGUGAAGGAAGCAUGUAAAAUACCCAUGAUUAGCAACUAGAAAGGGUAUUGGACAUGGUCUGGCAAGAGCUUUGCUCAGGCAUGUCCAGGCACGCUCAUGCUACUACUUUUGAAAAUGGGUGGCGGAGGUGGUGAGAUGACUCAUCCUUUCCCCUCCCCUGCCAGGCCAGAGAGAGGGCAGCAAACUAAUCCUGCAAUAUGCAGGAUGCUUAAAUUCUGCUCAGUUCAGGCACACCAGCCAAUUCCCACUGAAGAAUUUUGGCCCCUCCAUAUAUAUGCACUUUUGCAAGCUCUUGAGUUCCUCUAAGCAUCACUUCACUGUCAUAUGUGGCUCUUUGUGUGCUGGCUCUCUCUAUCAGACUCGGAACGCAUCACAGUUGGAACGUUUAAAUGUGUUAUUAGGAAGUCAAACAAGCAUCCCAGCAUUGGUCUACAGGUUACAAGGCACAACAGAGAUCUGUGAUACAUGGCUAGGCAUAAACUAGGACAUUGUUCCAACAAUUGGUAUGCUCACCCACCCCAUGCUCUGCCCUGUGGGUCAGGCACAGCUAUUCACAUGGUUGACAUCCCAAGUCCCAGGACUGGGCAAGCAAGCUGCUACUCCUCCCUAGAGGCUGGGCAUGCAAGGUUUGUUCAUGCCAGUGCUGUCAACUCCAUGUCUUUGGAGGUGAAGGUGGAGUCAGUAGGGUCCACUUGCCUUUGGACUCAUCCACAGAAGGGAAUGGCUAUUCACUGAUAGGUAGAGCCACUGGAGACACUUCAACAGGUGGUAAUGUCACCCUUGGGGUACCUAAUGACAUGUUUUCUUGAUAGCCCUUUCCCAUGAUCUAAGUCAAUACCUCCCUACCUGGCACUCCCUAGGCAGACUCUCCAAGAGUCCCUAUUUUCCAGGGACAGUCCUGGAUUUACAGAAGCCGUCCUGGUUUCUGAUUUGAUCCCAUAAUGUCCCACUUUUCCUUAGGACAUCCCUAUUUUCAUCAGAGACAUGUUGGAGGGUAUGGUAGGACGUCCCUAUUUUCACUGGAGAAAUGUUGGAGGGUGUGGCCCGCAAGCCAAGGAGACAAAUAACUAUACAGCGGUACCUCAGAAGUCGAAUGGAAUCUGUUCCAGAAGUCCGUUCGACUUCCAAAACAUUCGGAAACCAAGGCGCGGCUUCUGAUUGGCUGCAGGAAGUUCCUGCAGCCAAUCGGAAGCCACAGAAGCCGCGUUGGACAUUCGGGUUCCAAAGAAUGUUCUCAAACCAGAACACUCACUUCCGGGUUUGCGGUGUUCGGGAGCCAAAAUGUUGGACUCACAAGGUGUUCAGAAUCCAAGGUACAGCUAUAUAACCUUUAGAAGACAUCUGAAGGCAGCUUUUUAACAUUUAAUGCUUUAUUAUGCUUUUAUAUAUGUUGGAAGAUGCCCAGCGUGGAUGGGGCAACCCAGUCAAUUGGGUGGGGAAAAAUUAUAUAUAUAUAUAUAUAUAUUAUUAUUAUUAUUAAAUAGGACGUCCCUAUUUUCCUCGGAGAAAUUUCAGAGGGUAUAUCUAGGCCAGACUCCCCUUGACGUCUCAGGCUGUCCUCCCCCAGCCUGCUAGGACCUUCCCUGGGCUGUCCUGCCCCAACUCUCUAAUCUCCUCCCACUCCUCUUCCUAAUCCAACCACCCUCUCCAUGACUCUCCAUGGGACUCAAGACAAUUUCCUCCCUAACGAUUGGCACUCACCCGAAACACUGCUUACAGAGCGAAUGAUAAAUAACGCAUAAAACACCAACAAAGAAUAUAGCAAGAUCAUCAUUUUCCUAGCUUGCAUGUUCCUCUCUACACUAAGAAUGGGAAAGGGAGCUGAGUGAAAAUGAGACUCCCAGCCUCAGAUAUGUACUAAAAAUAGUCAAGGAAAGCGCCACUACAAUCUGCAAGCAGGUGCUGGGUUUAUCAAACUGAAAUCUGCUUGGCAUGACUAGCAAUUGCUCAGGAAGGAGCAUGCAGCUCAGUUAGGAGUUUACACUGGUGAAUCUGAAAAAAGGCACACAAGAGGGGGAUGAUUAACUCGUUCACUUUACCUUCUACGUUACCUUAAUGUGCUCUUUUGAAAAACCUUUUGAAAGUAUUAUUAAUAAACAGAUAUAAAUAUGGGUCUUCUGCACUUUCAAAGACUUAGAAUUUGCUUCUGAUCCCGUUUCCUGGUGCUAUGGCCAGUAGUAGAGAGAGGGGCAAAGCACAGCUCAACAAGGCACUGAGGGCACAUUUCUUAGUGCCCAGAUUUCCUAUGGAAAAUCAGUACAACAGCAGCUCACCUCACAGGGCUGUCGUGACAAACCAAACGAAGCUUAUAAAAAUGGACUUUGGAAUUUCUAAAUAUAAAAAUACAUAUCAGGUGUCAAGGAGAUAAAUAAAUAUACAGCUUUUAGAAGACAUCUGAAGGCAGUCCUGUAUAGGAAGUUUUUUAAUGUUUUAUGUAUUAUUAUGUUUUUAUAUGUGUUAGAAGCCACCUAGAGUGCCUGGGAUAACCCAGCCAGAUGGGUGGGGUAUAAAUAAUAAAAUUGCUCUUGUUGUUGUUGUCAUCUAGGUGUUUUUGUUUUUGUUUGUUUAUAUUCAUUUAUUUAUUAAUUAAAUUUGUAUUCUGCCCUUCAUCCAACAAUCAUAGGGUGAUUCACAACAUAUUUGUAAGCCAUCUUGGGAAAAUAUUUCCCACACUUCUCUCUCUCUCUCUCUCUCUCUCUCUCUCUCUCUCUCUCCAUACACACACACACAAUUUUCUUUACAGUGAAAACAGCAAUUAUUACCACACAUAAUUAUUGCAGUCACAAGCUUGUAUAAAGCAAAGCAGAGUACAGAAGGAAGAAAAGUAUCCACUUAUGGGCACUUUGCUCUCAUGCAUUUGGAGAAUCAUAUCAAUGCAAUAAUCCUAUGCCUGAUGCAUAACCACACUUUAAAUGAGCUCCUACCUGGACUCUCCACCUAGGAACUGGGGGAUAUAAAGUAUGCUGUCCCUUAUCUAUAAAAGAGAAGAACCAAAAAACCUCCUCAAACCUAUCUCUUUUUGGCACACCCCAUAUGGUCCUCCUUCUCGGCAGAAUAAGUUCUAAGAGGGCAGUGUCCCAGACAUAAUUAAUCCAGGCCUCAAUUAAUUCAGUUUUCUAGUGAUGAACUGCAGUCAGCCACACAGCACCCCACACUUUUCAAUGCAUUUCCCUGUCACAUUCCUAACGAAAAGGUCUAUUUGCUUGAUUUGUUGUGCUAGGGUGAUGGAACGCUUUAAUCCACUUCAACUGCACAAGCCAAAAUUUCCCUGUACACGCUCAAACCCUCCCUCAAAUCACUGACAGUAAAGAGGCAACAACUUCUUUCAAAGCAGCUCGAUAACCACCUCACACUUUCUCAAUGAAUGCCAUGAAAUCUGACCUAAUUCGAAGAAAAAAAGAUCUCACUUCCUCCCCCCACCUGUCUCGCCUUGAGCACCGAUCACUAUGGAAAUAAAUAAACAUGAACCUCACAAUGUGCAAGAUUCUUCUGAUUCAGUUAUAGGAAGUGCAAUCCAAGUUGUCUGUUUUGGAAUUUGUAGCACGUGCAGCAUUCUUAAGAUGGAACCUCCAUGGCCGUUUUUAAAAGGUUUGUAAAGGUAAAGUGACCCCUGGCCAUUAGCUCCAGUCGUGACCGACUCUGGGGUUGCGGCACUCAUCUCACUUUAUUGGCCAAGGGAGCCGGCGUACAGCCGGCAUACAGCUUCUGGGUCAUGUGGCAAACCAGAGCAGCGCACGGAAACGCCGUUUACCUUCCCGUCGGAGUGGUACCUAUUUAUCUACUUGCACUUUGACGUGCUUUUGAACUGCUAUGUUGGCAGGAGCUCACCCCGUUACGGGGAUUCGAACCGCCAACCUUCUGAUUGGCAAGUCCUAGGCUCUGUGGUUUAACCCACAGCGCCACCCGCAUCCUUUAAAAGGUUUGAGAAACUGAUAAAAAAAUACCCUCUGGCAUACAAUUAUCUGUGUGCAUCUUUUGAUGCUCAGAUGGCUCCAUUGCAUGGGUAUUCACACAAACACUGGAGCUCUAUCUUCUCUCCAGCCUUAUUAACCCCCUUUCCCUUUCACCAUGGCCCCUUAAAGCAGCUACAGAACAACUCAGGGAGGCAGGGAUCAAAUAUAAAUGGGGAUUUCCAUUUGCUCCCAUCGCGGAGAUUGAUGGCAUGCCGCACAAAGGCACCAGAAAAGGAGAAGUGGAACCUGUCUUAACACUACUGAAAUUGAAGGUCCCCUGGGAGGAAGAUGAAUUUAACAUGGGAGACCUGCAGGAGCCUAAAGCAAGAAGGGACAAAUGGAAACUGCCCCCCUUACCUAACAGAACAAGACAACACCAUCAAUUAUAAUUCUCCAGGAAACACAUCACAUGGAUAGUAACGCUAGGCUUCCUAAACAUCCAUGCUUCAAUAACCUUUUUACAGCAGCUGGAAAAUUCGAUUUUAGAGCUGUCAUCAUUAUUUUGGACAAAACAAGAAGGGAGGAUAUAUUUUUGUGAAUUGAAUGAUGGACACAUAUGGUCAAAGCAAAGCAAUUCUCUUUUCUUUUUAACACAUUAGAAAUGCGAUUCCAUCUUUUGCACUAUCACCUGAUGGAUUCCUGUUGGUGGGUACACCCAGGGCGUCAGGGACUACAACUAUUUAUCUCCAGGUCCUAUUCAUUCUUACAACUGAAUUACCAUAUUUUUCUGUGUAUAACAUGCCCUCAUGUAUAAGACGCCCCCUAUUUUGGGGGACUCCAAAUUGAGAAAAUGGGGGGAGAUUGUAUCUGUGUAUAAGACGAUCCACAAUUCUGCACAUAAUUCUUUAAUUAAAAAAACCUAGUCUUAUACACAGAAAAGUACGGUAUGUGCUGGAUUCUGGCCCCCUAGAGGUGCAGCUAUAGGAUGCCAGAUUCUUCCUAACACUAUGUCAGACCAUUCAUCUCUAUGGGUUACGUUGCAACUUAACUAUGACUCAUCUAUCCAAUCGGUUUGGAGAUGAGACUCAAAUUUUUUUAACAGGAAAAGCUCCAUGGAACGUAUUAAGAAAUUGAUAAUGGAAUAUAUUACAUUUUAUUUAGGCUCAAAUCCAAAUUUAACUAUUAUCGGGGAUGCUAUGAAGGCCACAAACCAAGGAUGUGCAUAGCUGUAAAAAGAAAAUUUAAUAGGAUAAUCAUUCUAAUCAAACAACAGCUUUUACAUUACAUCUCAAUUUUGGAAAUUAAACAAAAGACCACAGCUUCAAGUAAAGCGUAUAGGCAAUUAUUACUCAGUCUAAUGAAAGAAUGUGAAGCCUGAAAAACUCAGCUACAAAAUCUUUAAACUUUUUUAAUCAAUGAUUUUAUCAGGCUGGGAAUUGAAACUCAAACCCAUUAACUGAUAUGCUGAAGAAGAAAAAAUAUGCACAUUUCUCUCUCUCUAUAAAACAGAAAGGUGGAGUGUUUUCUGACAGUCGGUAAUUACCAUAUUUUUCGCUCUAUAACAUGCACCAGACCACAAGACACACCUAGUUUUUGGAGGAGGAAAACAAGGGAAAAAAUAUUCUGAAUCUCAGAAGCCAGAACAGCAAGAGGGAUCGCUGCGCAGUGAAAGCAGCAAUCCCUCUUGCUGUUCUGGCUUCUGUGAUAGCUGCGCAGCCUGCAUUCGCUCCAUAAGACGCACACACAUUUCCCCUUACUUUUUAGGAGGGAAAAAGUGAGUCCUAUAGAGCAAAAAAUACGGUAAUUAAAACCUUUACCAAAUAGUAUUCUAAAUUAUAUAGUUCCUUGAAACUUAAUGAAGAAAACUACAAAACUAGCUAUUCCUAAAUUAUAGCCUAUCACUGAUGAGCAAGGAAGAAUAUUGUACAAACCUAUUUCAGCAGAGGUCAAAACUUCCAUAAAUAAAUAGAAAAUCAACAGGGCUCCCAGUCCAGAUAGCUGGGAACAAAUUCAAAGGGAAUUCAAAUGCAUGUCUGAAAGGUGUUUCUAGUGAUACACUUAAAUGCAACUUGUGGGUAUCUAAUAAAGGUUAAUUAGAUUCAGGACAGAUUCAGGACAGAUAAAAUAAAGCAUUUAAUGCAGUACAUAAUUAAACUAUGGAAUUGCUUCCUCGGAAAGCAGUGAUGGCCACCAACUAGGAUAGCUUCAAAAGAUAAUUAGAUGAAUUCACAGAGCAUAAGUCUAUCAGUGGCUACUAGCCAUGAUAUGCUCUGUCUCUAUAGUUUAGAAGCCAUAUGCUUUUGAAAGCCAGUUGCUGGAAACCAUAGGAAGGAAGAGAGCGCUUGUGCUCCUGUCCUGCUUGCUGGUUUCCCACAGGCAUCUGGUUGGCCACUAUGAGAACAGGAUGCUGAGCUAGAUAGGGACGCAGGUGGCGCUGUGGUCUAAACCACUUAGCCUCUUGGGCUUGCCAGUCAGAAGGUCAAUAGUUUGAAUCCCCAAGAUGGGGUGAGCUCCCGUUGCUCUGUCCCAGCUCCUGCCAACCUAGCAGUUCGAAAGUAUACCAGUGCAAGUAGAUAAAUAGGUACCGCUGCAGUGGAAAGGUAAACGACGUUUCUGUGUUCUGGUUUCUGUUAUGCUGCUCUGUUGCACCACUAGCAGUUUAGUCCUGUUGGCCACAUGACCCAGAAAGCUGUCUGUAGACAAAUGCCGGCUCCCUCAGCCUGAAAGCAAGAUGAGUGCCGCAACCCCAUAGUCGCCUUUGACUGGACUUAACCAUCCAGGGAUCCUUUACCUUUUACCUUUUAUUUACUGUUGUAAUACACCAGUAAGUGGCAGCUGUUAGAUCAGAUAAACAGACACAUGCAAAGGAAACACCCAUCUGAAGAUUAAUUGGCCCAACAUCUUCCUGCUUCAUAAUUUGAAAUGGUACCAAACAUUCCAAUCCACUUUAAUAAAAGAAAGUUUGACAUUUAUGGAUGAGAAGGAGAGGUCCUGUUCGAUAACUAGCUAAACAGACUGGGGUCUCAUGAGUUAUCUGUGAUCAGCACACAAGUGAGGAAACAGUUAACCGUUGCAAAAUAUAUAUGUAUGUAUGGUCAUUUCCUGAGCUGCGGGGUGCUGCCAAAACAACAUCUUCUCACUUACUUCCCAUCCCAUCACAUGUGGCUCUUGCAUGCUAUGAACUACACACCAAAGCAGGUAAGUGCUACUUUGUCAUCUAAAACCUACAUUCUAUGAGAUACGUGUGAUUUUUCAUGUCCCUUGUUUGAUCCUAAGUUUUCUUGCAGUGAAUUAUGCCAUGUCUACCGAUAAGACCAUCACUGAUGGCUUAACCAAUUGCACAUUGCUAUCAAAGCAACUUGCAUAACAGCUCGCAAUCAACAACUAACUCAGGGAAAGGAACUGUGUUAUUAAACAGCCACAAGUAUUAUUAAGAUUAAAUUAGGAACUGCUUUUAAAAUUAAAUUAGUUGUGUAUAAGCUGACUAUUUUAAAGCGAUGUUGUAUUGCAUUUAAAACACAAAUGAUUUAAUAAACCUUUCUGUACUUGAGACAGGCAAACAAAUGAAGUAAUGAUUUGUAGCAAUUUUGAAACUGCUGUCCUAGCGGGGAAAGAGUGUGGGAGACAAUCAUUUCGCACAACUCCUUUAAGAAUUAUUAGUAUGUAUCUUUAUCAGGAAAGCAACAUUUUCAGUCUCUUAAUCACCAUGAAAGCAGAACUUGGUUGCUUGCAGAAUUCAACCGCAAUUUUUAAAAUCACAGUGCAUAAAAGCAAACUGUGCUUAUUGUCUCUUACAUAGGCUAAAACAGUUUGUCGAAAGCGACUUUUACAGACAACUCUGGUCUAUCCUCUUAAUUGUAAAAUAAUUGCCAAUUGCUGACCUAUGGAAAAUUUCAGGUACAGGAAAGUUUUUACGGUCUUUAGUGCUCCUCUAAGUCCACUUCACCAUCUGUGUACCAUUUUGGAAUUAGCCAAUCUGCUUAUCUGCCUUUAAUGUUAUUUUUAUUAUUAGUUCUUUAAUCCAUUCUGUACGUAGUGGUUGGAGUUAGGGAGACCUGGCACCCCACACUCAGGCAUGAAGCUCACUGGUCGAUUUGGGGCCAGUCGUUCAAGCUAACCUACCAUAUUGUGUUGUUACGCAGGUAAAAUAGGCUCCUUUAAGUAAUGAUGAGAUAGAAAUCUGGCAAGAUUAAACCCAUGUACUCUUCGGCUAGCUGGAUCCAUACAAUAGUUUUUAAUUGACUUCUCAUGAUAUAUGUAUACCUUCUCUGCUAUAUCUGGUACAUGUGCAUACUGACUGGUGUUUAGGCACAUCCUUGAUGCACAUUAUAUAUAUGCUGCACAUAUAUGUAUAUCUUAUAGAUCAGGCUUCCUCAACCUCGGCCCUCCAGAUGUUUUUGGCUUACAACUCCCAUGAUCCCUAGCUAGCAGGACCAGUGGUCAGGGAUGAUGGGAAUUGUAGUCUCAAAACAUCUGGAGGGCCGAGGUUGAGGAAGCCUGUUAUAGGUUGUACAAUGGUUUGUUUUCUUUCUUUCUUUCUUUCUUUCUUUCUUUCUUUCUUUCUUUCUUUCUUUCUACCUCUACCCUCUGGAGCUGGCCAUGGUGUGUUUCUCAAACCCCUGUGGAGCAGUUUGAGGAGGCACCUCUCUUUGGGGUGGGGUGGGGCAGGGCAGCUCAGAGAUCAGGGGCAGCAGCUGUGACUGUCCAGAGGACUCCCAAGGAGAGGAGAGGAGAGAGGAGGCUAAGGGAACACUCCACAAGGGAGGGUUUUUGAAAAGGGAUGAGGGGCUGUCAGCUCUACAUAACAUAACAUAACAUAACAUAACUGGGCUCCUGGGCUCCACAACUACAGAAAGAAUGUAGUUGUUCAAGGCAGCCAUAGACCCAAAAAGGAUGAAAACCUCUGUAUUAGUACAUAGUUACCUUUGGGGUUUCGCUACAAAACAAAUAAUUGCAGUACUUGAGUAUGAUGUAAAUAUCUUUGCCAUCUCCUGCAAUUUAUUUGUCGUGGACCGAAAAUAGCAUUUUAGUGUUGUCGCCAUCCCCCACCCCCAUUAUAACGUUGGCUGGUAUAUUCUUGCAGCACCAGGUGCGAUGCAUUUUGUGGGAAGACUGUGAUUUACCAUAUACAUAGUUUCAUGAAUGAAAAAAAGGAAAGUUUGGGUUCGGAUAAGCAAAGUACAGCUGUAGGAAACCACAUACCAGUAAUCAGAAUAAACUUCCAGGCAGCUGAAGCUGGAGUAGUCACCCAGGGGAAAGAUCAUAAGUAUAGUCUGAGACCAUGUUUGCACCAUCAGUUCACACAAGUGGAUUCAAAAGAAGAGAAUACUUCUUUCACCAGGAAUCGUGUGACUUGACCUUCCUGUAGUGAGGAUGUCCCCACCAAUAAAUCUCCUGCAAUAUUCACUGGUAUAUAGGUGUGAAUAUUGCACAUUCCUUCUGUGCAUGCAAGCCUACUAUGGUACACACAGGAGCAAUGCAGAUGUGAAGAACAAUGCAGGUAAUAUAUUUGUGCUACACCAUACACAGUCUGAUUGCCUUAUACUGCAACUAGUAUCAUUUUUGUUCUCUUGGUUUCUCAUUUUUCCAAUAUGAAAUUCAGUUCUCCAUAGUUCUGUAGCAUUUUUUUUUCAAGAGCUCAGCAUUUUAGUGUCUAUUUCUCCCAAUAAGCACAAUUUUGUGUGCAGUUUUUAAUGAAUGUAUAGAUUUCUGCAAGCCAUUUCUCCUGAUAUAAUGCGGAAAUAAACAUCAAAUAUCAAGCAUUUUUAACAUAAGAAUUAAAAUAAAAUAGAUAAAAAAGAGAAGAAAAAAGAUGGAGAAUCAGCUGGGGGCGGGGGUUCUUUCACCUUUAAAAACCUGUAUAAAAUUCUUACUCCACAAUAACAUCCAACUCUUCUACUUUCCAUAAACCAACCUCCCCCCCCCCAUAGUCUUCAAACCCUGAUACCACAAGUUCUUUUUUUCCUUGUUGCGCAGAAAGUCCGUAAGGGGUUUCUAGUCAUUAAUAAAUGUCAGUACUGAUUUUUCUCUACUUAUCAUCAGAAAGAAAAGCUGAUGGUGCAGCACCCCUCUGUACGCUUCUUCUUCCCACCCAGGAAAAUUGAAAUGAUUGGUAACAACAAGGGAGGGGCUGGUUGGUAGAGAAGUGGUCACUUCAGAGCUAAUUCACAUGUUACUUCAGGCUCUACCCCACUCACUGAAGUUGCUCGUUGGCACGAGCAAGAUCUAGAAACUACCCGUUAGUUCACAGAUCUCAACUGCUAGCACAGCCUUCAGCAUUCAAGGGUGUUAUAGAUAAAAGAGAUAACAUUUAGAAAUCCACAGGCAAGGAUGCUUUGCAUGCAUGUACGCAAUCUGCAAACUGCCUGACACUCCAUAUAGCCAAAUUGUAAGGUUUAAAUGGAAAUCACCUUUCCCCAAGUUUACUCUUUAUGGAAACACUAAUGAAUUUGCAAAGUUUAUUUGGUUCAAGUUAAAGCAGGCUUCCUCAACCUCGGCCCUCCAGAUGUUUUGAGACUACAAAACAUCUGGAGCCAGUGUGGUGUAGUGGUUAAGAGCGGUAGACUCAUAAUCUGGGGAACCGGGUUCGCAUCUCCGCUCCUCCACAUGCAGCUGCUGGGUGACCUUGGGCUAGUCACACUUCUCUGAAGUCUCUCAGCCCCACUCACCUCACAGAGUGUUUGUUGUGGGGGAGGAAGGGAAAGGAGAAUGUUAGCCGCUCUGAGACUCCUUUGGGUAGUGAUAAAGUGGGAUAUCAAAUCCAAACUCCUCCUCCUCCUCCUCCUCCUCCUCCUCCUCUUCUUCUACAAUUCCCAUCAUCCCUGACCACUGGUCCUGCUAGCUAGGGAUCAUGGGAGUUGUAGGCCAAAAACAUCUGGAGGGCUGAGGUUGAGGAAGCCUGAGUUAAAGCUUGGUCUUGCAUGGGUGGGGAAACCUUUUCAGCCCUUACAGACAACCUUCUAGGGGCAGCCUACCGGUAAAAGGUGGGAGUAGAGGCAGGAGCAGUGGAGGCCACAGCUAUAGAUGUGGUUCUUAUCUUUGUACAGUAGGCUGCAUUCUGCCCAUGCCAAAAUCAGAGGUAUCCCACCCACACCAUGCAUCUCUCCAUCUUCCAACCAGGCAAGCAAGAGGCAUUAUGACAGUUCAAUGACAGAAGCAAAGGCACCUGAGGAAGGUGUGGAGCAUAGACAGUGAGAAGAGUAGUCUACAGAGUUCUGAGGGGACAGUUCUGAGGGUCACUUUUGAACCCUUGGAGUUUACUGCCCCAAUCCAAGACCAGCCUCAGAAUUUCCACUUGAGAUGAAAAGGCUAAAUAGAUAUCCACCCAUUCUGUACUUAUCUACAGCCUUGAUUUAUCCAUUCUGUACUUAUCUACAGCCUUUAUUUAUCCUUCUGAGGCAGCUGAUUUAUCGCUCUGGGGCAGUUAUCCAGAGUUUUGGAGCACAUUGCCAGCUGUGUAUGCUGAGGAUACACAGCUCUACUUCUCCUUUACAUCUGCAGGUGUGGCAGUGGAUGUUCAGUAUUGCCUCGGUCAUGGACUGGGUGAGAGCCAAUAAACCGAAGCUCAAUCCAGAUAAGCCCCAUUCAACAAAAUUGCAUAUGCCCAGAGCCGGAUUUUGAUUUGAUGAGGCCCUAAGCUACUGAAGGUAACUGGGCCCUUUAUAUGUCCAGCUGUCCUUUGUCAACAACAAAUUGUCGCUGGUUUUUUGUGUUGAAUAUAUGCUAUAUGGUAAUUUAUGGAGCUAAUAGGUCCAUAAUAGGUAUCUAAAGCCAUUUGCACAUGUUGCCGUGCAACCAGUCCAUGCAGAAUGUAGGCACCCUAUAUAUAGAAAUGAGCAAAUAUUUCCAGGAGCAGACUAGCAGGUGGGGCCCAUUACUUACAUCAUAGGAGCCUACACAGCACAAAACACUGUUGCUGUAUGUAGGUUUUAUUUUAUUUGUUUUUUAUCUUAUAUUUUGGAAAUGUACAUCCAGGUUUUUUCCCUGGGUAUUUGUUUUGGGGUUCCCAAGAGAGUGGGGCUCUAAUCUAUAGCUUGUUUAGCUUACACGUAAAUCCGGCACGACAUAUGCCUCUGAGUUGACGUGUAUCAGGUAACAGCCAACUAAUUAAUACUCAGAGCAGACCCACUGAAAUACGUGUACUUAAGUCCACUAAUUUCAAUGGGUCUACUCUGAGUAGAAGGGACUCUCUCUUUUUAGUUUACAGCCAUAUUUAUUUAGCAUAUCCGUUUAUUAGCAAAACAGGGUUUAAAGGUUACUUUCAAGUUUCCACUCCAGUUUGUAUACAGGUUUUAGCCAUGCACCCUCCAAUUUGCGCUGCACUUUGAUACAAAUCAUUGCAACCACUUCCUCAUUGCUCAUGGCUUCUGUUUCACAGCUUUACAACACACCCCAGCAUUCAAGAGCAGGCAGCGCCCGCGCAGCUGCCACACUGUUUUCAAACCACUCCACGUGGCAAGUUGUUUGUGUGCAGAGCUGCCAUCAGCAGAUCAGGCAAUUGUCUGCAUGAUGGCUCUGGGCCUCAAAGGUGAGGUCUUACAGUGCCGCGGAGGAAAUCAGCCAUUGUCCACUGCACAAAGGCAAAUGCCACAGGCUGCAAAGAUGGCCGUUCUGUGGCAGCUGCUAUAUAUGCAUCAGAAUUGAAGGUUUUUAUUUUUAGAACACUUGAUUCCAGAUCAUCGCUAUUUUGGGGUGGGAUCCAGAAACGUGCCGGUACAUUCUAGUUCCGCAAUUAAAGUUGAUUUGGUGCUCUUGCUCCUCACACCGUGACCUUUUUGCAGUAAAGAAAGUGACAGGAAAAUGCACUGGCUAUGCUUGAUGAAAUAUGGUAUAGCCUCCUUGCAAAUCAAUCAGAAUGAAUGUCUGUGGUAUUUAAUCUCUCCCCACAAACGUUUGUCUAAAAAAAAUAAUAAUCUGGAUAAUUGCUCAUAAACAGUAAGUCUGGAAGUGACCUUAUCUUUCUUCUCUGAUGGCAAUCAAAGGAGAGGCUUUCUGAGGUUGUGUACAUACAACACAUUUAAAGCACACGGCUUCUCCUGGGAACUGUAGUUUGUUAAGGGAGCUGGGAAUUGUAGCUCUCUUAGGGGUUAACUACAGUCCAGGAUUUUUUUGGGGGGAGGACUGCUUUCAAUGUAGGUGACAAUUAAGCAUGAUCUCUCUGUGUGUUUGUCUAUUGUAUAUUUUUUGGGCAAUUAGGAAGUGGGGUAUGGAAAUUUCUCAAUAAUAAUGUUGCCAGAAAGAUGGUUGUUGGCUCACUCAUUCCCGCUAGCAUUCUUUCUUUUGCAAUAUAGUUAUAUACGUAGUCAUAUUGGCUAAUCAGGAGUAAUUGCUGCCCCUGGAUGAAAACUUUCAGUAAUGCAGGAGCUAUUUACCUUCAUUUUGUUCAGAGCCUUGAUUCAAGGAAGGAAGGAAGGAAGGAAGGAAGGAAGGAAGGAAGGAAGGAAGGAAGGGUUGAGGUUGAUUUUGAACAGAGAAAUGGCUGAGGGAAGAAGCUGUUUAUCUGCUUCAUUUUACUUACAGAGAGUGGCCCACAAAGAAGUAUGUGAAGCCCCUACUCCACUAUCCCUCAGCUGGGCACAGUGGAAUGUUCUCGCCAUUACCAGGAAAGGGAGGCCCCCCUGCACAUCAUAGAGUUAGGUAGAAUCUACACACACAUAUAAAAACACUGUGAAAAUGCUUUAAAAAAACCAUUUUGAAAAAUGCAUUGAAUUUUGCAUUUUGAAUUUUGCAUUUUGAAUACAUUGAAUUUUGCAUUGUCCCAUCCAGUGUCGCAUUUGUAUAUUCCACUUUACAACACAUUUAAAAUGUUUUAUUUGCAGUUGUGUAGAUGAGUCCACAUUCUGUGGCCUGCCUCACUGCAAGGCUGUAGAGUGCAGGCUCUUUCACAAGGGGCACAAGCUCUUUGUAUACAUAGGGAUCGGGCUGGAAAAGUCAUUAGUCUGUUUGAUUUAUUGCCACUGAAAUUCCAGAUCCAUCAGGCUAGAAUCUAAUUUGGCCUGUUUUCCAGCCAGUCCUCCAAGCAUCUCACCUUCCUUUUCCCCAGCAUUACAUUCAUUCAGUGGCGUAGGGUGGGGGGGUGCAGGGGGGCCGGCCGCAACAUCUGGGGGGGGGGCGCACUCACACUUGCAACUCUCUGCCCCUACUAAAAUCCACAGAUUAGGGGGCGCAAAUUACUUGCCUUGCCCCGGGUGCUGACAACCCACGCUACGCCACUGCAUUCAUUCAUCUGUUCAUCUGUUCUGGGCAGCUUCCAACAUAUAUAAAAACAUAAUAAAACAUUUUUUAAAACCUUCCCUAUACAGGGCUACCUUCAGUUGACAUAUUGGCUGGUUAACUCCAUGCCCUCCAACAUUUCUUUGAUGAAAAUAGACGUACUAAGGAAAAGCGGGACAUUUAGGGAUCAAAUCAGAAACCGGGACAGCUUCUGUAAAUCUGGAACUGUCCCUGGAAAACAGGGGCACUUGGAGGGUCUGAACUAUCCCCCCCCCCCAUUUUUUUGUAUAUGGAUCAAUGUAUAUACAAGAAGUGAAAGGGACAUACAAAACUAGAUCACGGUAUUACAGAGAAAAAAUUCUAGGAAGAAGCACUGGAGCAAACACAGUUCUUAUUUCUGUCUCCUCAGAGUAUGUGCUUAUGGACACGUUCUGAAGAAAACACAAGCGAAACGUGACUAUGGUUUCCUCCAAGUGAUGGGUCUAAUCCUGAUCUAAUCCUUUUAAUUUCUCUAGUGUUAGCAUAGUGAUUCUGCUAUACUGUUGCCCUGUCUCAUUGCCUGUAUAAUAUAAUACUCCCUUAAAUGGAACUACACUAAGUCCAGCCUAAGUACCUCUAGCCUUUUCACCCGCAGGAAGUCUCAAAGCCUUUAGGGUGGUGAUGCCAAUUCUGACAAAGGGUUAAAAUGCAAAAUGCACUCAAAAAGCAUUUCCACGCCCUGCAUUUGGCAGUAUUUUACCUUCUAUGUGGUAACACCAAGCCUGACCACAAUGUCCCGUUUUCAACAAAUGACUUUUGCUAAAGGAAAAGUCUGCCACUUUUCAGUAGACAGCGUAGGUUAUAUGGUUUUCCUCUCCGCUCCACCCUGCCAACCCCUUUACAAUGGAAAUAGUUUGCUUGUAAAUAUAUACCGUACUUUUCCACACACACACACCCCGUGUAUAAGACCUCCCCUAUUUUGGGGAACUCACUUUUAAGAAAAUGAGGGGAGAUGGCCCCAAGUUAUUGAGCCUCUCCCCCCACGCAGCUGCGGGCAGGAAACACUCCCUAGAUCAUUUCCUGCGCACAGGAAGGGAGUGUUUCCCUCACACAGCGGCAUCAGGAGAAGCUGCGCGCCGCCAGCCAGCGCCUCCAGAUCGCUCCCUGUGCGCAGCAGCAGCUCCCCCCCAUGCCACUAUCCGUGUAUUGGACGACCCCAGUUUUUUGACAUGAUUUUUGUGUCAAAAAACCUCGUCCAAUACACGGAAAAAUACGGUAUAGCCAGAUCGAAUAAAGACACCAGAACGCAAGUGCAUGGAUUCGGUCGCCGAGUAAAAAACAAUCCUAGGCCACAUUCACACCAACAUUUAAAGACCUGCAAUGCCACUUUAAACAGCCAUGGCUUCCCCCAAAGCAUUCUAGGAACUGUGUAGAUUCAUAGAAUUGUAGAGUUGGAAGGGACCACGAGGGUCAUCUAGUCCAACCCCCUGUAAUGCAGGAAUCUUUUGCCCAACGCGGGGCUCGAACCAACGAUCCUGAGAUUAAGAGUUUCCUGCUCUACUGACUGAGUUAUCUCAUAGUUUGUUAAAGGUGCUGAGAGUUGUGAGCAGGCUUGUUUUUCCCCUCCCAUAGCUAUAAUUCUCAGAGUGGUUUAGCAAUCAAUCUCCCUUCACAGGGAACUCUGAGAAUUGUAGCUCUGGGAUAGGAACAGGGCCCCCCAAGAAUUCUCAGCAAUAGUCAGGGGUUAUGGAAUUGAAUCAACAACCUAGGGCUGCCACCACAGUGGCCAGCCCUAUUUUAUGGAGUUUUCAGCCUGAACCCUUCGUGAAGCUAUCCAAGAUGCCACUGAAUUCUGAAAGCCUUGCCUCAUCUCAAUCUCAGUCUAUAAUUUUUGCAUUAUAGGGAUGGGCGAGAAACUUGGUUUAGUUUGAAUUUCAAUAUGAACCUAACUAAUAAUGCACUUCCCAAAAUGAUAUGUGAACCGAAACACAGCUAUCCUUUGAAAGUCACACUUCUCCAAACUUUGCGAUGCAGUUCGCCAAUCAAAUAAUGUGCACAAAAUUACAUAUAUCUGUGUGAACAAUAUAUAAAGCGCAUUAUAUUAGAGAAGUUUCUUGCAAAAAUAAUGUGCAUAAUGUGUGAUGUUUGCACUAAAACACCAACAAAUUUUCACAUUAACUAGUUAAAUAAAUAAAUUGCAAGCCGAUGCAAGAAUGUGCGAAACUGAAAUUAAGAUUGGCAGCGUGAGAAACUCAAAUUGACAUAUUCAUAUAUCCUUAGUCAGACUCCUAGAACAGAACAACUUCAUUCGCACCAAUCUGAGUGGACCUUGUCCUCAGUAGCUUUUAGCGGCUGAUUCGGUGUUCCCAGAAGUGUGUUGUUUGCCAGAAGUGUUAUUUGCAUAGUUAUUUGAGGUUCUGCAGUGAAAUGGCUUCUGAACUUUCUUGAUGACAAUUUGGUGCAACGACCAGGUUAUUUUAGUCCUGAACAGCACAUGCAUGCUGUCUCUUUGGCACCUGCUGCUUUUGCAUCCUUUCGUGUACCACAUUCAGAAACAGCCGGGCUCAUGCAAAUCUCCUUUUGCACCUUUCAUCAAAAACAUUUGCUGCUUGGGACCGCUUUGGGAGGAUGGGCAGGAGAGAAAUGCAAUAAAUCAGUAACAAUAACUAGGGGCUUUACCCUUACUGGCUCCACUCACCAACCCCACUGCCCCCCAUUAAUGUCCCACAGAUUCCUCUUCCCACUCUAAGCUUGCAACUACUAAGCUCGCUCUUCACCUCCCAAACCCCAUUUCUGAAGCCGCUUCUCCCUCUUAUUCUGCAUGCCCAUGCCUCCCCCUCUCCCAGCAUCUACUGCAUCUAUAGUAAGUUCUCCUUUGAGAACUUUGGUUGUUGACUUGACCUGGCUCUCCCUUUCUGUGGCAGCCAUUUCUGUGCCACCAAUCUGUGCGAGCAAAUAAUAAUAAUAACAAUCAGCGUCUCGCAUGCCUGGACAGAUGUUUCUCGGUUUGUUUUUAAAACUGUGCACCAGACAGUUUGCACAUGAUAUAAUCUAUGAAAAAAGGAAGUCAAAAACAUCAGCAGUCAAAAACACUCCCUUUAUCUUGUGAUGCACAUGACCCUGUAGAAAUAUUUCCUGUCGCGCUAGCCUAAAUGUUUCAUUAAGUGUACUGCCAUGUGCUAGUGAGAUGCCUACCAAAUGGUGGGAAUGUGGAUGGAAAUGAGGCCAGCAUGAUGGACUGCAGCUGAAUACGUGGGUGAGUGCACAGACCCAGAUUCCCCCCUCCCCAAAUUGUUUUGCAUCCUCUUUCUUUCCUUUGACCCAUUUACUUCCUGUAAAUCCCCUUGGGAUCCUUGCCUCUGUCUGCGGCUUGAUAUGCACCCUUAUUUCAGCUGCCUUCUUCCCUUUCCCCUUUCAGUACUAUUCAACUAAAGAGAACAUCUCCUUGUUCUUCAAAAGCCCUGCAUUAUCAUCCAAUUAUUUCACAGGUAAUAGAUGUUCGCAUCUUUAUGCCCGCACUCAUUCUUGGCCCUUUGUGGUGUAGUGGUUAAGAACGGUGGACUCGUAAUCUGGUGAACCAGGUUUGAUUACCCGUUCCUCCAUAUGCAGCUGCUGGGUGACCUUGGGCCAGUCAUACUUCUCUGAAGUCUCUCAGCCUCACUCACCUCACAGAGUGUUUGUUGUGGGGGAGGAAGGGAAAGGAGAAUGUUAGCUGCUUUGAGACUCCUUCAGGUAGUGAUAAAGCGGGAUAUCAAAUCCAAACUCUUCUUCUUCUUCUUCUUCUUUGCUUCCAGGUCUAUUAAGGAUGACAGCUUUUGCACCUGUCCUUAGUGGGCAGUUAGUUGCUAAACUUGCAAAUAAGAUUGAGGUGACAGCGGUGAUUGGUGGACUGGUUGCUGUUGUAAAAAGGGCAUAGCUAUCUCUCUUAAGAAAUCUGCAUGGCGGAUGCAUGUGUGAAAUGAAUAUCGUGAAACGCAUCCGUCUAUGUGUAUGAGGACCAUCUUGAGAAGGACAAUUAUUUCAGCUGCAGUUCUCCUCCCUCACAUCCUUUCACUUUCUUGCCUGAUUGCUACUUCACUCAUUCAUCUGUUGGACCCAGCAAAGGAUUGCACAAAAGGAAAGGUCUUUGGCCACCAGUUCUGGUCUUCAGAAUUCAACUUCAGUCGGGGAAUGUGAUAGAUAUAGCUUACUCUUGGGUAAGGGGUGGCCUAUGACUGCUUCUUCUUUUUCUGACAGUCACAGGCUACUUCCAAGGUCUUGGACUUAGAUGCCUUGCUUCAAAAUCCAAAGCACUAUUAUUUUAAGGAGAAAACACUGUUCUAUCUAAAGAUUCCUGCACUGCAGGGGUUUGGACUAGAUAACCCUCGUGGUCUCUUCCAACGCUACAAUUCUGAGAUUCUGUCUUGUAUAUACACAAAGCCUUCUAUCUGGAUGUUUUCUUUUGCCCUGUUUUUCUCUGAGAGACACAUUAUGGUUUCUCAUAAAUAAAAUGAAUUAAUCAUGCAAAUAACAGAACAAAAUGUUUCCCCUGUAAAUGAAUGUUUUGAAUCUCUUCACAUUUUUUUCUAAGAAUGUGUCAAAGUACUUUUAACAGUGAAACCAACAAGCCAACAUCUUGUUGUCAACUAUGUUUGAAACAUUAACGUAUUUCGGUGAAAAAGUACUUCGGCCUUUAGAAAAUCUUGUGCUGGCACAGACCUUUUUAAAUGCGCAAGCAAUUGGAUAAAUAAAUCCACAACUGUUCUAGGACUCAGCUAUAUAGCUGCAAAUAAAACGUUUUAAGUAUAUUUUAAGUGCAAUAUACAAUGUGACAUUACAUGGCGAUGGUGAGCCUUAUGGAAAAUUCAAUAUAUUUUAAAAAACAUUUUUUUAAGAAAGCAUUUUCAGAAUGGUUUUUAUAUGUGUGUAUAUUCCACCCUAGACUUACCAUUUUCAUAUUGCCAAUUACUGUCUGAAAGAGCAGCGGAUAUACAAAUCAGGUGUAUUUGCAGAACUGGCAGCAGCAGGGUCAUAUGUUAAGGCGUGGUCCAACAGAGGAAACCACAUCCAAGCUUCCUUUCACAUCUCUCUCCCCCCGCCUCCCCACAUGCAAGUGCUAUACUUCAUUUGGUUUCUCUCAAGCAGCACGAAUAGAUAUGAGACAAAAACACAGAGUGUGUUAUGUCUUAGAAUGGCACACCAGAAAUAGCUGGUGCAAGUCUCAGCACCUGGUUCAGGGUGGUGCCUAUGCCUAGGACCCCACUUCUGGGCUUUGUUGUGGGGAAGGCAGCAUCACAUCAAAGAGGGAAUAAUUUCCGCAGAAGGGGCCUUGUGAUGUCUGAGAGGCAUUGUGAGGGAUGUGAUUUCACAGUGAGCAUCUGCAACAGACCAAGCUGCCUCCUGUACUCUGAAUAUAUUUGCAUAGAAGAGGAGAAAUCUGGAAGGUCUCACUUUUGGAGCCAUUAAAUCAGAGGUUGCCUAUCUUUCUGGACCAGCGAGCACAUUCUGAAUUUUGAGAAAGUGCUGGGGCGCUGUCACAAAAUAGCUGGUGUAUGUGGCAUAACACAAAACUAGAGAGGCAGCCACUCCCGCCAUCCAUGGUAAGACAGCUAUGUCCUGCUGGUCCUAAUAAUAAUAAUAAUAAUAAUAAUAAUAAUAAUAAUAGUUUUAUUGUUUAUACCCCACCCAUCUGACUGGGUUUCCCCAGCCACUCUGAGAGGCUCCCAACAGAAUAUUAAAAACACGAUAAAACAUCAAACAUUAAAAACUUCCCUUGACAGGGCUACCUUCAGAUUUCUUCUAAAAGUCAGACAGUUGUUUAUUUCCUUGACAUCUGAUGGGAGGGCGUUCCACAGGGCAGCUGCCACUACCGAGAAGGCCCUCUGCCUGGAGGAGAUCACACCAUAUUUCACUAAACCACACUCCCUCUCAUUUCACAGAAAUCGCUUAGAAGGUACCUGCACAUUUUGCCACAUAACUUUCUUUUUAGAAAACCUAGAGACUUACUUAUUUAAAAAAAGAAACAGCCUUGAGCCCAGGAGCAGCAGUGAAAUCUAUAUGGGCAGCAGCUUAGUGACCCCUGCCCUAAAUGAUAAGCUGCAAAUGUUGGCAUGUGUAGCUUAUCAUUUGAGGGAUGCAGAAAGAGGAACCCUCCAAAUCCUCCCUUCUAUACAACUGUUAAAAGUUAUGUAUGAUAACAGUACAGGAAGCUUGCCCCACCCUUCUGCUUUAGUUUACUUUACAGUGUUCCUUUGCAGAAUGAAGCAGCAAGAUGAAGCGACUUUUCACCACUAGUGUAGGCUCUCCAGCCUGACAUUUGGUAUGGAAGGUUCUGGUAUUUACCUGCUUCUUGCAAAAAACUGCCUGCUAUUUCAAGCAGCGAGCAUUUUCAGCAAAGAAGCAUCCCUUGACCUGUUCCAAGCAGCAAGCUGGUGCACCUCCUCUUGAGUAGGUCUUGGAGGGGGUGCACUGAAUUAGUUGUCUCCUUUCUAAGCUCAAAAGCCAAUAUAUUUAAUUUCAGUACAAUGAUGGCAUAGUAUCUCAGUAAAUAUCAACAGUGUGCUCACACCCUGAGUCCAGAAUGACAGUUCUGGUCACUCCAUUAGCUAUAUAAUGUUUAAUAUUUAGCAUUUAAUCUUUUCUAAUAAAAUGCGCUUGUGCAUGACUUUUCAUCAAAAGAUCCACACUGUGGUUUGAAGAUUUCAUUACUUAAUCGGUACUGUGAGGUUAUUUUUUGGUCAGUUUGAUUUACUUUGCAUUUGUCAACACACAGAUGUCAUGUGAAGUCAGAUAUAUGGGGCGGAAAUCUCUGCCUUUUACAUCUUUGGCUUAAUCUCUGAGGUUGACCUUUCUGUUUUGGCAAUAAAUGGUGUAUGGUUAUAAUCGCUGCCAUCUUCAGUAUUGGUUACGUGAAGAAAGGAAGCAAUCUGUCACUUGACCAAUGCAAAGAAACCACAACAAAGUCUCCUUAACUGAUGGACCCUUUCCAGUCCUGUCAUUCUGUGGUGGUGGUAGUGACAAUAAUAUAGUAAAUUGCCGGGAACCCAACAAGUCUUUCAUUAUGGGCAGAUCAGCCCCGAAUUCUUUACAAAUGUUGGUGAAAAUGUACCUUUGUCAACCUGGUUGGUUCUAGUUCCAAUGAAACUGGACCGGUUUAACAGAGAAACAUUAAGGAUUUGGGGCCACGUAUGCCAAAACGUCUGAGCUUCCUAAAUGGUGGAACUUCUCAGCUUCCUAAAUUGGAUGUUUUAUUCAAACCGUAGGUUAAAAAUAAUGAUUUGGUAACUUUUAAAAAUGUCUACCCACAAUAAAUCCUCACCCCAAACUGAGCCAUCUAGGUACGAGGGUACAAGAGGGGGGUGGUUCUGGUCUGACACUACCUUUAAACACGCUCAUAGACUUGGGACCUGUGCAUUUAAGAAACUCUCUCACAUCAACUGCCCCUAUAUUGCUCUUGCUUCAGCAGUGAAGCAGCUCAGAAUGAGAGGAAAGGAGACUUCCGAUCCAGACAGACCCACCCAUCCUCCCCCAGGGCUGCACAAGUAGAUGGAACAGGCAGCCACCCAAGUGCCUGCUUAGCUGCACAUGAGCUGUUUGGAAGGAAGAGGCAGCACAUGGAAGUAUAUGAGAGUUGGCUAGGGACCCAGGCAACUAGUGUGGAGAUCUCUAGUCCUGGGGACGCCGAGAUCUGAUGGCUCCUAGGGCAUUGGCAGUGCAAAGCUCUGCUGGGAGGCCCUGUACUGCUUGCUCCUCAUCUGCAGAAUGAAACCUCAGGUCUUGAGGUCUGGACAUGGCUGAGCCAUAGCAUUCUGCCAUCGUUUGAGGGGAUGUGGGCAGUACCUGGGGAGAGCGCCUUCUCACCUGUGGUACCCUGCAUGCAGAAUUUUCUCAUCAAAAGGAGAAUUCUUAAUUAAGUCUUAAAUAAUUAAGUGAAAGCUUUCAAUCUCCUGAGGGUUUUAAUUCCUACUGAAAUACACACACAGAGUCCUACCUCCCCCGAAACAUCUUUCCCAUUCAUUGCAGUGGACAGGCCAGCUCAUGGCAUCCAACCCUUUGAGUAUACACUAAUUAGCCCCUCAGUGCUACCCAACUGAUAUAUUAUUAAGCAUAAAAUAAUUAUAAUAAAAGGAGUUAUUUUUAUAUCAUACAAUAUAAUCUCGGGGUGUGCCUAUUGAUGCAAUAUUGCAUUUUUGAACUUUUGUAUUGUGUUUGUAUCAUGUUCAUAGCAGGAACAACUUGCCUUUGCAUUUUACUUAUGACAGCAACAUCAGCUAAGAAUCAUGUACUGUAAGUAUUUUUUACUCAACAAUAUUUUUUACUCAAAACCGUAAGUAUUUUUUCCUGAACAAUCUGAAGAUAUCACAGUAUUGCAUAAUAGUAAGAUAUAAGGGCAACUUGGUGGUGGUGGUGAUUUUAUAUAGCUGGAAAUGGAUUUAGCCAUAAAGGAAGCUGGAAAAUUGAUGUAAUUGUUGCUACAUGUUGUUUUCACUUAUCUCUUCUCCACCCUAGGUUGCAGACCUCAGUCACAUGACAGAAUUCUGCAGAGCCUCAAGCACCAACAAGCCCAUCAUACGAAAUGUAUUUAA